UGUAGGACGCCUCGCCUCCUCGGGCGACCGAAAAUACCUCGACCCUAGUAGAGAUCCUUGGCAAGUUGCAAGUAGGACGUAGGAUCCCCGUCCCCAAAAAAGUAGUGAUCUCCAAAACAAUGGCGUCGAUGGUGCUCCGAUCCGGCUGCCGGGCGUUCAGCCAGUCCGUCCCGCGUGUACUCGACGGGAAGCAUCGGCUCUUGGCCCAGUCGCUGACGCAAACUUCGCGCUUCUCCAGCUCCGAUGGGAUCGAACCGAUCGAGAAUUCUCUCUCACAUCAUGUUGCAAGACUCGACAAGUCAGGACGGAAAGGGCAUAUCCCGCAGAGGUUGAUGUCUCCUGAGGAACGCAUUUAUAUGCAACUAGAUGAAAUGGAAAAGAUCAUGAUUAGUAAUGGAGAAAGGCUAGAAAAAAUCAUAGUUGCAAGGCAACAGAAGGACGAGCGUGAUGCUAUGUACGCGGAACGUAGGGCUGCGUGUAUAGGUGCUAUCAUCGUGGUCUCUGGGAUCGCAGGCCUUGCCUACUGUGUCACGAAAGUUAAGAAAGUAGUAUUUGGUUGAGUACUUGAGUAGGUGGAGGAAUUUGUGUCUUGUGCGGCUAAAUACCAGUAGCAUUUGGUUGAGUCCAGGUGGAGGCAUUUUUGUCUUGCGGCUAAGCACCUACUUCCUCCCUUGUAAAAUGCCAAGGUUAUUUUGAUUUGUUUAGACAAAGUUUGAGCGACAGCUACUCUGUUUCUAUGUGGUCUAUGUGAUGCAAAAUCACAAUUAUAAGCAAGUAUUUUUAAACGUGAUGUCAUGCCACAUAAACCAUGUAUUCACGGAGUAACUGUUUGUCAAUUU